AAAAAAAUUCAUUUAUUACUUAAAUUUGAUGUUAAAUCAAAUUAAGACAAUAUUUAUAGUACUGUACCGCUCAAUUAAUCUGCCAUUAUUUUUCUGAAAAUCACUCACAAUUUUUCUCCGGCGGAAAGAAAGAAUGUCCGGUUACCCUCAAAAUCCCUCCGGCCACGGUUACGGCCAACCACCACCACCUCACCCGUAUUCCUCCGCCCCAUACGGCGGUGCACCACCGUCUUCAGCUCGACCUUACGGUGGUGCUCCGCCAUCCUACGGUGUUCCAGCUCAAGUCCACAGUUCAGCUCCACCACACUCGGGUCCUUACGGGUCGAACCCGUUUUCGACUUUGACACCGUCUAUUUUCUCACCCGGAACCGACCCGAAUGUGAUAUCUUGCUUCCAAAUGGCUGAUCAGGAUGGUAGUGGGUUAAUUGAUGAUAAGGAACUGCAGAAAGCGCUAUCUUCGUAUAAUCAAAGCUUUGGACUGAGAACUGUUCAUCUUCUUAUGUAUCUCUUCACCAAUACCAAUAUCAGAAAAAUCGGUCCCAAAGAAUUCACUGCAGUCUUCUAUAGUCUUCAAAACUGGCGGGUAAUUUUUGAGAGAUUUGACAAGGAUAGGAGUGGAAAAAUUGAUUCUUCUGAAUUAAGAGAGGCCUUACAUAGCUUGGGAUAUGCUGUAUAUGAUCCUGUUCUGGAGUUGCUUGUUUCCAAGUUUGAUAAAACUGGUGGAAUGAAUAAAGCCAUUGCAUAUGAUAACUUCAUUGAGUGCUGCCUCACUGUUAAGGGACUGACAGAGAAAUUCAAGGAGAAGGAUACUACAUAUUCUGGCUCAGCAACAUUCACUUAUGAUUCCUUCAUGCUAACUGUUCUGCCUUUCCUCAUUGCUUAGAGACAUGUAUGUAUAUUUCACUUUGCAAUUAUCAGUUUGGUGUUGGUAUGACCAUUCCCUCUUGUAAUUAUUGUUACUAUUUUCACUUGGGCUUUGAGGCGCUAUGUUUCUGGUUGUUUGUUUGUAAUACUUUAUCUAUCUUGGUUGGAUUGA